AUCUGCAAAUACGAGGGCAUAAUUUUAACGAUACACAGAAAGCACUCAACUCAUUUCUGCUGCCCAGCCACAUUCUCCGCAUUGUUGGAGGUUCACUCUUUCAACGUGCGCUCUCUCGAACUCCCCUAUCUCUCUCUCUCUCUCCCUAGUAUACUCCGUAAGAAUAUAUAGGAGAGGAGUAUAUACAUUUCGCGGAAUUCUCUUCUCUCCCGAGCUCGCUGCCGUUCGUUUCGUCUCGGAGAAUGGAUGGAUCAAGUGCCCAAGGUGGUGGUAAUGUGGACUCGUUCCUGAGGAACUAUAAGCUUGGGAAAACUCUUGGCAUUGGGUCCUUCGGUAAAGUUAAAAUAGCUGAACAUGCAUUGACAGGGCACAAAGUUGCUGUCAAGAUUCUUAAUCGCCGAAAGAUAAAAAAUAUGGAAAUGGAAGAAAAAGUUAGAAGGGAAAUCAAAAUUCUGAGAUUGUUCAUGCAUCCUCAUAUCAUACGGCUUUACGAGGUCAUAGAGACACCAACAGAUAUCUAUGUUGUGAUGGAGUAUGUGAAAUCAGGUGAGUUGUUUGAUUACAUUGUAGAGAAGGGCCGUUUGCAGGAGGAUGAAGCUCGCAAAUUCUUUCAACAGAUCAUUUCUGGAGUGGAGUACUGCCACAGGAAUAUGGUGGUCCAUAGAGACCUUAAGCCUGAGAACCUGCUUUUGGAUUCCAAAUGUAAUGUGAAGAUUGCUGAUUUUGGUUUGAGUAACAUCAUGCGUGAUGGUCAUUUCUUGAAGACAAGCUGUGGAAGCCCAAACUAUGCUGCUCCAGAGGUUAUAUCUGGAAAGUUGUAUGCUGGCCCUGAGGUAGAUGUAUGGAGCUGUGGUGUUAUUUUGUAUGCUCUUCUCUGUGGUACUCUUCCAUUUGAUGAUGAAAAUAUCCCUAACCUUUUUAAGAAAAUAAAGGGUGGGAUAUACACUCUUCCCAGUCAUUUAUCAGCUACUGCGAGGGAUUUGAUACCAAAGAUGCUUAUAGUUGACCCGAUGAAGCGAGUGACUAUUCCUGAGAUUCGCAUGCACCCUUGGUUUCAAGCUCACCUGCCACGCUAUUUAGCUGUUCCUCCUCCAGAUACAAUGCAACAGGCAAAAAAGAUUGAUGAAGAAAUACUUCAAGAAGUGAUUAAGAUGGGAUUCGAAAGAAACAAUAUCAUUGAGUCUCUACGAAAUAGAGUUCAAAAUGAGGGAACUGUUGCUUACUAUCUGCUACUUGACAACCGCUUUCGUGCUUCCAGUGGCUAUCUGGGUGCUGAAUUUCAGGAGUCAGUGGAAUAUGGUUUCAACCAAAUGAACUCAAAUGAUUUUGUGGCAUUCCCUUCUGGGCAACGCUUCCCUGGGACUAUGGAUUAUCAACCAGUUGGUGCAAGACAGUUUCUAGUUGAAAGGAAAUGGGCUCUUGGGCUCCAGUCCCGGGCUCAUCCACGUGAAAUAAUGACUGAAGUUCUUAAAGCCCUACAAGAGCUAAAUGUGUGUUGGAAAAAAAUUGGGCAUUACAACAUGAAAUGCAGGUGGAUUCCCAGCAUACCUGGUCAGCAUGAAGGUUCAGUGAACAAUUCAUUGCACAAUAAUAAUUUCUUUGAAGAUGAAUCUACUAUCAUAGAAAAUCAUGGCAUUUCUAGAGCAGCGAAUGUGGUCAAAUUUGAAGUUCAGCUCUACAAAACUCGUGACAAUAAGUACCUAUUGGACCUGCAAAAGGUUCAGGGGCCACAGCUCCUCUUCCUGGAUCUUUGUGCUGCUUUCCUUGCUCAGCUUAGAGUGCUGUGAAGACAGGCUGAGAGUAUAAACAUGUGGUGGUGGAGGAGGAUAUCAUUAAUGCUGUACAUAAUUGCAAUUAACAGCCUCCUUAUUUUCUGUUUCCCCUUAACUUUUACAUUCAGUCAGCAUAACGGUGACGGUCUAAACGACUAAACCUGAUUUUCUUUCUCUUUUAUCUGAAUUGUGCCACCCUGAUAUUCAGAGGUGAGUAUGGUGCCAAGCCAAUAUUUUUGUCCGACUCACUAGGAGUUGUGGCUUUUGCCCAAAUUGCUUUUCAUUUCCAACUAUGAUAGUCUUUGGUGUUAUCGGCAGUUUGCUUUGCUUGUCUAACUAUGUAGAGACUAAAACUAAGGGCUUACAUGGCAGCUGCACCCCGGAAAACCACCAAGACUAUCCUUCUUUGCUGCUAUUAUAUGGCCUAAAAACCAGUACAUGACAAAGUGUAGUUAUUGUUAAUACUGGUUGAUCUAUUUUUAUUCUCUUGCUACAUGUGAUGAAUAGAAAGAGCAUUUAGAAUGAUUGUUGUAAUACAAGUUUAGUAGUCUUUAAGUUAACAUGAUCGUAGGUUGUCAAGGUCAAGGUUGUUUAUUUAGUUACGACAAGUUAACAUUUAAAACUGCUGUAGCA